CUCUCCCUCUUUUUCUUUCUCUCUUGCUCCCCCACCCCCUGGGGAACUCUAUAUAAUUUCUUGGGGUUGUUUUUCCAGUUUCCAGCGACUAUAAGAACGAUUAGAUGUCCCACUAUAGAGGGAUUAUUGGACUUCUAUUUAGAAACUAAAAACCAACCAAGAGACGGAGAAACAAAACCCGAUCUUCCCAUAGGCGCUGGCUUUCUUUCCUCCGGCUGAGCUAUAAUCCCCAAGGCCGGAUGCCCAACCACUUUUCUGUGUACACACAUAGCUUUGGUGUUUGUAUCGGAGCACCUGUUUCCCUAGAACUCUGUGGCCACAGACGAGGUUAUGCCUCAUCCGUCAGCCCACCUUCUCUGAUAAAUGAAGGCUGGGCGGAGAAUAAAGGGUGCAGCAAAGUCAAGUGUCAUGUCUUAAGUACCCGAAGGGUGACUGGAAGCAAUGUCACUGGUUGGAGAGGAAGUGCCUGGCUCCUGGUGAGGCUUCCAGACUCCAAGGACUCUCUGGUGCCCAGCCCAGCAUGGACACCAGCGUCUGUGCCUGGUUACUGCUGCUGCUGUCCUUGCCACAGGGACAGAGCCACCAGCCUCUACAUCGAUCCAAGAGAAGAUGGGUUCUAACCACUCUGGAACUGCAGGAGGAAGACCCAGGGCCCUUUCCUAAACUGGUUGGGGAGCUCUUCAAUAAUAUGUCAAAGAAUGUGUCGCUGAUGUAUUUAAUCAGAGGACCUGGUGUGGACGAAUUUCCAGAGAUUGGUUUAUUCUCUAUAGAAGAUCGCCAGAGUGGAAAAAUAUACGUUCACCGCCCCGUGGAUCGAGAAAUGACACCGUCUUUUAUGGUUUACUUUGAUGCGGUGGAUCGAUCCACAGGGAAAGUUGUGGAUGAAUCCCUGAUUUUCAACAUUAGAAUCAGAGACGUGAAUGAUCAUGCGCCCCAGUUUCCUGAGAAGGAAUUUAGCAUCACUGUGAAGGAGAGCCAAGCCGCAGGUCAACCUAUUUUUCAGUUGUUAACGGUCGAUUUGGAUCAAGAAAACACUCCGAACUCUCAAGUCCUUUAUUUCCUCGUCUCUCAAACGCCAUUACUGAGAGAAAGUGGCUUUCGGAUUGAUCUCAUCAGCGGGGAAGUGCGACUCUCGGGAUGCUUGCAUUAUGAGACUGCUCCUCGGUUCACACUGAUCAUCAGAGCAAGUGACUGUGGAGAGCCGUCCCUGUCAUCCACAGCCACCAUUCACAUCAGUGUGGAGGACAGCAACAACCACAUGCCCACCUUUACAGACGACCAUUAUACGAUUCAGAUUUCUGAAGGUCAAGUCGAACGGGACGUGUUGUAUCUCCCUGUUCACGAUGGAGACUCUCCAUUUACACCAGCGUGGAGAACACAGUUCAACAUAUGGGAUGGCAACGAGGAGGGGCAUUUUGACAUCACGACUGACCCUGAGACCAACCAAGGGUUAUUAAGUAUUAUCAAGCCUUUGGAUUAUGAAACCCAAGUGGCCCACAGCCUCCUCAUUGUUGUGGAGAAUCAGGAGCAGCUCUUCAAUUGUCAGGAGGGCCAGCUGCAGCCAUUGAGGAAGGCGAUGGCCAGCACCACCGUCAGCGUGCAGGUGCUGGACACCAAUGACCCACCAGCCUUUCACCCGAGGAGCUUCAUCGUCAGUGAGGAGGAUGGAGCCUGGCCUGCCAUCCAGCUGGGAUAUUUCAAUGCUACAGACCCAGACAGGGCUGACAGCCAGAUAAGAUACGAACUGGUUCGUGAUCCAGAAAAUUGGGUGACUGUGGAUGAGAAGUCAGGAGAGGUCACCACCAAGAGGCAAAUAGACCGGGAGUCCCCUCAUGUGAAUGGCAGCUUCUAUACAAUCGUCGUCCAUGCCAUUGACAACGGCCUCCCCCCACUGACUGGCACGGGGACUCUGAUGCUUUUCCUGUAUGAUGUCAACGACAAUGCUCCAAUUCUCCAGCCCCAUUCCCGACACUUGGAGAUCUGUGAGUCGGCUGGAAACAAGGCCCUGCUGUUGGAAGCCGAGGAUGCAGACCUGGACCCCUACGCUGGCCCCUUUACUUUUGAUUUGGACUCUGACCAGGGAGAUGUGAGAGAGAUUUGGAUGCUGAGGAUAAAGCAGGAGGAAGGCCAUUCUGCUGAACUCAUAAUGCGGAGAAGCCUCCCACCCGGGGACUACCUGGUGCCACUCUUCAUAGGAGACAGACAGGGCCUCGCCCAGAAGCAGACAGUCCACGUGAGGAUCUGCUCCUGCCCCAGUGGAUCUGACUGUGAGGAACAUUCAGACCCAGGGCUCCUGUGGUGGGCGCUGUCCCCAGUCUGUGCAGCAGUCAUGGCUCUAUCAGCCUCUCUCCUCGGCCUGCUGCGGUGCUACUGCGUGUUUGGACCCAAGAGGCUCAGAGGCUUCAUCCCAAGUGACAGUGGCCACCAGACACUGAUUGUGUCUAAUGAGGAAACCAAAGCCCUUUCAGCCCAGAUGCAGCCAGCUGGGGAAGACCAGAUGCUGGCUCUGUCCUUCAACAGAGCUGUGGCCAGCGCCAAGCCUGGGGUGAAGGGUUGUGGCAUGUUCUUUGAGCCAAGAGGAGCGAAAAACUUAACUUCCACCCCGAUCUAUCUGGAGCGCAUGGUGCCCAGACGUCCCCUGCAGCUGACGGAAGGAAGGGUGGUGGAGAUGUGGAGCCAGCUCUGCAUCUCUGUAUCUGCCUUGCACUCCUGCCUCCGGACAGUGCCUGUAGCUGCUGUGAUACACGGCAAAUCAGAUCCACCAAGUUCCUGAGGGGGAGAUUUCCUGUCCAGAUCUGAGCUGGAACACCAUUUCUCAGGCCCUGAUCACUGAGAGAAAGAUCCUUGAGGAGCCAUGAUAUCACUGUCUGUCUCUGUCUGACUGUCUCCCACCUCCCCACCCCACCCCGUGUCUCUGUCUCUGUCUACUCCCUCCCUCCCUCCCUUCCUCUCUCCUUCCCUCUUUCUCUCGUUCAACCACAUAGAAUUUCUGUGAAAGAACCUUCUACCCUUACAAUAUGCCACAUUUCCAUCUCUGGCAAAGAAGCCGACAGGAAAACAAGCAAACAAAACAAAAGCAAGGAAACCUGAGGGGAGGCGGGGAAGGGCAUAUUCUGACUGUUUCAGAGGCUUCACCCCGUGUUGACUGUCCCCACUGCUGUAAGCCUGCAGUUUGAUCACUUGAACAUCAUGUGAGUGGGGAAUCGUGGCACAGCUAAGGUGCCCAAAGGCUGCCAGGAUGAAGUGAGGCGAAAUGGGAGGAGCUGGGGCAAAAGGGAGCCUGCGAUGAUACAGCCCCUGUGACCCACUUCCUCCAAUCAGGCCCUACCCUCCCUCAUUCUAUCAUUUCCCAUUGGUGAGGGCAGAGUCCUCAGGGUCCAAUCACAAUCAAGAGCCCCUCCAAUAGCCCCACCCCUGACAUCACCUCAGUAUUCUUCAGGUCCGAGGAGAAUAAUCAAUGGAAAAUGAAAUAUGCAUUUGUUACAAAAGCUCCAGGAGAAAGGUCAGCCUGAAGGCCAGGGCCAAGGAAGCUAUUCAUGUGGUUGAGCUAUGAGGACAGAGUUGGGGCUUGGCACAGGCCACUGCUCCUCCCUCAGAUUGUUAAGCUGUGAGGGCAAAACUGUGUCUGGGCAUAGGCAACCGUUUACUUCUUUGUGCGAGAGAUAUGAGGAACAGAUGCGGAGUUAGAACAUAAGCCACAGAGUCCAAACUAGCAAUACCAAUGAGGCCUGGGCUUCCUAACCAUGAAAGUCAGUUGGACAGUUCUACCCCAUGGCCAGAGAUUCUUUGCACAAAUGAAGCCAUGCGCCUCACAGAACCUCAUGACCAGCUUAGGUGAUACCCGUUUUCAUGUGUGCACAUGCCUCGUUGCAGCCCAGCAGGCAGCACAGACAGGGCCACAGGUCCUCAUGCAUCUAGGCAGGAGAAGGCUGCAUUCUAGUAGAGGAGCGCCCCGCCCCCGGCACGCCCCCUUCCUCUUGCCAACCAGACAAGCAGUUUCUGCAGUACAAAGUAAGCCCCGAGUUCCAUGGUGUGAGAAGGGAAGAAAAGGGAAACUCAAAGCUCAGAUGAGAAGAGCAGUCCUCUCCCUCACGAGCUCUCAAACUUAGUUGGUGGUUUGUGAUGAAUUAUUGAUCUUAGGGGACUCUGGAACUGCUGAGUCAGGGUGCGGAACCCUGCUGCUUGGCCGCCAGCCUUGGGGGUUUGAAGUUGAAUUCUUGAGGCGCAGCCCCUGCUGCUGAUUCAGUUUUGCUCUGCACAUAGCAGGUCUGUCAUGAAUUAUCUAUUUAGUUUUGCCCAACAGACGUGACUGGACUCCUAACAUCUAGGCCGAGUCUGGAAUUCACCUCUCAGCUGAGAGAGCUCCCUUUCCUCUCCACCACAGGGAGAUGGAGUGGACAGCAGCAGGGUGCUGGCCACAGCCCUCAGAUAACAGGCACAGCAGGUGUGUGGGAUCCACUCCUGUCUGUGGGCACCCGACUCCAUGCACAGUGGAGGCUGGGUUUCUGCUCUGUGGAGGAACCAGGGCUCUUGUGUCAUGGAGGGAACUAGAGAACAGCUGGCCACCAGCUGAGAGUGUGAUUGUUGAGUGGCACUAGGACAACAUGCUCAUCGGGUUCUCAGGGCUCCCAGCUUCUCCUUCCCACCUUACCCACCUCCCUCCCAUGUCGUGCUCUGAGCCUCCACAUUCCAAGUUCCAACUGCGUUCAUCCAUUCGAGGUAUCUGGAGUCCCUCUUAGCUAAGGGCAGGUUAGAAAAGGCCCACCGGAUCCAUUACCAGCAUAACUGUUGGAUGAGGCUCAGUUUCAGAUCAUGCCAUCCUAGAAAAAGGUUGAAGCUCUUCUUCCACCCCUGUACCUCUUUGCUAUUUAUCUAUCCACUCCAACCAUUUUGCUUUCCAUCCAUCCAUCCAACCAUCCAAUCAUCCAUCCACCCAUCUAUCCAUCCAGUCAUUCAUCCACCCAUCUAUCCAUCCAUCCAUUCAUCCACCAAUCUACCCAUCCACCCAUCCACCCACCCACCCAACCAUCCAUCCAAACAUCCAUCCAUCCAUCCACCUACCCAUCCACCCAUCCACCCAUUUACCCACCCACUCAUCCUUCUGUGCGUACAUAUAUACAUAUCUCCCUCUUCCCUCUCUUCAUCUUUCUACUAACCUCUCUAUUAGCCAGUCAGCAUAUCUCUACCCAUCUCUCCAACUUUCUACCUGUCCAUCUACCCGUUAAACACUUACUAAGUGACUCAGAAUGAAAAGAACCAGGAAACUCUGCCAGAGAGAUGUCUGGGCCCUGAACAUUGAGCUGGAGCUUACAGACAGGACGUUGGCAGGAGGGACCGUCAUUCAUGACCAAGAGCAGCAGAGGCCAGGAGGAGAGGGAGCCAGUGACUCAGCGUACCUAAAGCCCUACACAUGAGGGGGGUCUGUGCAAAGUGCCUUAGAGAAGGGGUAGGAAGACAGGUCUGGUCAGGUGGGAGAGCUGUCUUACUUAGGAUUGAACUAUUGCUAGGGAUUUAAAGACCAAGAGAUGCUAUUGAGGAGUUUGAGGGGGAAAUCCAAUUAGGCCGGAGCCUGGAAAAUUCAGAGUGUGGACAAAAGUAUGGGGAUUGGAGAGAGGCUGUGAUGUAUGGAGAGUGGGAGGGAGACUCAGAGUGGCCUGCUUCCUCUCGGGGCGACUUAAUAGGAAGACCCCCUCCCUGCUUCUUGCUCACAUCUCAGUUGGAAGGCAUCAGAAGGAAGCUUCCAAAUUGGAGGCAGGGCCGAGCAUCUCUGAUCCAUGAGUGAUUCUACCAUCCAGGAGGAACCCAAGGACAUGUGACUAGAAGGGAGGGUCACCAGAGGUUUUACGGCCAGGUGACUAUUCCUGAUGCCUGUCAUUCAUAGGUUAUGCUCAGUCACUGUAUAUAUCCAGAAGGCAGGAAAUGAGGUCCCUCAGGUGCCCACCAUGAACAGGAGUUGAUUAACUGAUUCCUUGCAUUCUCUACUGUAGUAACUGGAGAGAGGAAAGGUCCUGAGGCAGUGGCCAAGACAUUGGAGAAGAGGGGACAGGAUCAUGUACAUGGAGGAAAAAUGAGUAAUGCAAGGAUUCUGUGAACAGUUGCACUACUGGGGAUGCCAUGGUGUGAGCCUUGCUAGAGCUUCACAUGUGCUGGGCUUCACACAGCCUUCCCAAGAGUGCUGCACCCAGUCACGGUUAUUCAGCAUACACUUUGGUUGACUUUGGGUGGUACUGUGACAUAACCAAUGGUGUUCAUGAAAUUUUGGAGUGUUUUUGUUAUGUUUUCUGCUCACUAAAGUAGGUAUCCAUAGAGAUAAAUAGAUCCCAAUAGCUUCUAGGACCUUCUGAUGUGGACUGUCUGUUAACCAGCUUCCUGUAAAGAUCCAGAUAGGAAACACUUGAGGACUUGAGGGCCAAGUCCAACAUCUGUGUAUGGCCAAGGCUGUAUUGGCUUGGAAGCAUGGCUGUGUUGUAACCAAACUUUAUUUUCAACAAGUGUUGGGCUGAGUUUGUCCCCAGGAUUGUCGUAUGUCAGCCUCUGUAAUCUGAUGCUGAGGAACUCUGGUGGAGAAGGUGGUUGGAGGGCAAGAGGAGGCACUCUCGGGGAUAUUUAGCUUGAAGUCUGUAUGUCUGUCCCUGUGUAACAGACCAGACAAGGUGAGGUAGAGUCUUUGGUUCUGGAUGUGAUGACAUCAAGUGUCCCAGACUAGAAGUGGUCACCCAUCACCGUUGCAAGGGAAUGGGUAACACCAUGGCUUGUGCAUGGGUGCGGGAGAACACAAUGUGAUAGGAGUAGACAGAAUGAUACUUCAGGGCAGACUGAGUGGAGACCACCCUUUCUAGGAGAUAGUGAAGGGUGGGCAGACUGGAAGGGCAUUUGUGAGUUAGGAAGGGUCCUCAAACAAGAAACAUAGUAAAGAUGGAAAUAGAGGGAACACUGGCCCAGGUGAAGAUCCAGCUGAGCUAUACGCAGGAAGUGUCCAGGAAGUGGGAAGUCCAGGAUGUGGGAAGUCCAGGACUGUUCCAAGGAUGAGUGCACAAGGCAGCAAGAAGGGUGAGAAGUCCUGGGGUAAGGGCUCUAUCAGUAUCUUGGCUGGUCGUCAUCAUAGUUGGAAUAGUGAAGAAGAAGAAGAAGAAGAAGCAAGACAACACCUCCUGUUUCAGCUUGGCUGUCAGCUGAGCCUGUAGGCCCGAGGCUUUCCUCCCACACACACUUCAGAGUCUCUUCAGCCAAGAGGACACUGAUGCCAUCUGGGAGCCUGUAACAGUGAAUGUCCCUUUCCUUGCCUUUCUCCACAGAAGCUCCAGGGUGUCGAUGUUCUGGAAGGUGACACUGGCGACCUGCCUCAUGUGUACAGAGAGGAGGGAGAGUGUGAAGGAGCUGAGACCCUCAGCUCUCUCACCUUCUUGGAGCAGGACCUCUCCUCUGAACUGCUGGACUCUUCAGGCUCAAAGUCUACUCCACCUGAAGCAAUGUGUUUUACAUCAAGAGUUCCUUCAUAAAGACAUGUGAGGGGCAUGAUUUGGGAGAAUGGUCACUAUCCAUGGACCUCUCUUUUUGUUCUUUACCCUUAGUCACUUCCUGGUCUGCAGUGGUUUGUGUUGCAAAUUUGACAAUCACCUGGUAAACACCUGCAAGAUGUACCUCUGGCAUGUCGCUGGCGGGUUAGCUUGUGUGUAUUAAAAGAGAUGGGGAGAAGUGCCCACUGUGGGUGGCACCAUUCCCUAGGCUGUGGAUGGUGCCAUUCCCUGGCUGGAAUCAUGGAUGGUAUACAUGGAGAAAGCAAACUAAGCAUUAUCGUUCACCACUCUCUGCUUCCUGAUCUCAGAAGACCGUGACUGGCUGAUUUAGACUCCCGCCACUUUGCUUCCCGCCAUGAUGGACUGCACCCUUGAACUGAGCCAGAAUAAACCCUUCCUCUUCUAGGUCACUUUUAUCACAGUGUUUUAUCACAGCAGCAGGAAGGAACCUGAGACGUGGUCCUAGGGUGAGGAUCAACCACGGAUCCGAACUCAGUGUCUUGAUAAAACAAAGUGGAAUGGCAGGUUGUGUGCUUUAUAAAUGUGAUUUGUUGUACUUCCUGGAAAAACUUAAAUCGAAUCACGUAUCCUUUGCAUCGGUUUGCCUCUCAGCUCUGAUGGUAAGUGAAAACCCAACCCAUGGAUCACCCGACUGCUUGGCCAGCAGUAGUUGAUUCUGUGAGGAAGUGGAAAUGGGUUUUGAGAAGAUUACUUACAUUUCUGUAAUUGUCGUCCUGCUUCAUUUUAAGCGGAGAAAGGUAAAAGACGGGAAAGCGUCUCCCAGAGUAUUUGUAAUAAGUGUUUUCAGUGAUUUUUAAAAAAAGAUAACAGUCCCUUUCCACACUUUGAUUAGCUAAACCAGCUAUGUUAUUUCGGGGAAAAAUAAUUAAGCUUAAAAUCGUAUAAACAGAACGUGCUUUGAAAAUCUAAGACAGACCCGCCAUGAUUUAACUUCCUCCUAUCAGUAUAGUAAAAGAAUUUUUAAAAACUUUGAAGAAAUAUGUUCUGAUUAGAUUUUUGUUUAAACAAGACCAUAACGUUUUGCUGGAUUUUGUUGUCCUCCUGGUGUUCAUAUAAAUUGUAGGGUAGAUGUGGGGUGGGUGGGGCAGGGUGGCGGCAUUCUUUUAAAACUUGUACACAAGGACGUGGGCCCUUUUAAAAGUCUGAGCAGUUAGUAAGCACUGACUUAACAAAGUUUGUCCUCUGACUUAAACGUGUGUACCAUGGCCUGUGUAUCUAUGCACACACAGCACACGUGCACACACAGCACACA